AUGCAGGUAGAGCGUGUAGAAGACAAAGAAAACAUGCAAAUUGAAUCAGGCCCAAUACCUAUACAAAGACUAAAGGAUUUCGGGAUUAACCAAUCUGACAUAACAAAACUACAAGAUGCAGGCUUUCAAACUAUAGAGUCAAUUGCCUUUUCAACGCGAAAAGUACUUUUAGCAGUGAAAGGCAUUUCUGAAGCAAAAGCUGACAAAAUCAGUGAAGCAGCCAGAAAGCUAUACCCAAUGGGUUUCAUUUCCGCUUCAGACCAAUAUGAGAUCCGUAAAAACCUAAUUUAUAUCACAACAGGCAGUACAGAACUCGACAAAUUGUUAGGCGGGGGCUUGGAAACUGGUGCGCUAACUGAACUUUUUGGUGAAUUUCGCACAGGAAAAACCCAAAUAUGCCACACUCUUGCAGUGACUUCGCAAUUGCCAACUUCUAACGGAGGGGCUGCUGGCAAAGUUAUGUACAUUGACACAGAAGGGACUUUUCGUCCUGACCGUAUAGAAUCAAUUGCAAAGCGGUUUGGGCUUGACCCUCAAACCACAUUAGAUAAUAUAGGCUAUGCCCGCGCUUUUAAUUCUGAUCAUCAAUUGCAAUUGCUUAUUCAAGCAGCAGCUAUAAUGGCUGAAAGUCAUUAUGCGUUGUUAAUUGUUGAUUCAGCUACUGCACUAUAUAGAACUGAUUACACAGGAAGAGGAGAGCUUGCGGCAAGGCAAAAUCAUCUUGGGAGGUUUUUAAGGAAUCUGCAAAGGCUGGCUGACGAAUUUGGGAUUGCGGUUUUAAUCACAAAUCAAGUCGUAGCACAGGUGGAUGGAGGAGCGAUGUUUCAAGCGGACUCCAAAAAGCCUAUUGGUGGACAUAUUAUGGCGCAUGCAUCAACUGUCAGGCUUUCCUUGAGAAAAGGGAGAGGGGAUAGAGUAGAAUAGACUACUCAGAAUUUUAACAUGAUACUCUCUAUUCAGCAGGGAGCAAUAUCAAAACCUUCCUUUUAACUCCCAGUUGAUGACGUCGCAGGCUUAACUCCUGCGCAUGCUCCAUUUCGUAAACCUUUCCUCCCUGCGCGAUUUUAUAAUUAUGGGAGAGGUGAUAGCAGGGUCAUGAAAGUGUACGAUUCACCGAAUUUGCCUGAAGCUGAAGCAACGUAUAUGAUUACUGAAGGUGGUAUUGCGGAUUACAUUCAAAUUAGCAUUAAGUUAUUAUUGAGAAGCUCCUGAUAGUGCCUGAGGUGCGCAUCUCCACCUUGCUUCGCUGAGCCGCUUGCCGCCAUCCCGCUAGGGAGUUAACAUAUCUCCAUCUGAGGAUCUCGUCUAACUAAGAGUAAAUUGAGUUGGGGUCGCCGUGGGAGAAAAAUUAAAAAAAUGGAAUUUCUGUCUAACUUUCGGCAAAAGUGAAAAACUUGCAGCCUAGGAUGUGGCUUCUGGCUUCACGCUAGAGAGUUGCCUAUAGGCAUAUAAAGCUUUGCUGAGCUUCCCUUUUUCAACUCCAAGUCACACUUUCCCUCGAUGUAAAAUCCAGCUUGAAAGCGGACUAAUUCUAGGCCCUAAAUGGAUUAGGACUAGCUACCUAGCAUAGCUGUCUAUUUCUGGGUUGGAAAAAUCUUGCCGUAAAUAAUUAAAAUAUGCAUUGGAAGCUGCAUGGUCGGGAGGCCAUACCGGGCUCCAUAUUUUAAUUGGGAUUGCUGAUUACACUGAAUAA